UGUAGUGGAGAGGCAGUAGUGUCUUCUUCCUCUACGUCUACCUCCACCCUCUAGCUCCUGGUCCCUGGAUCCCUCAGUUCUGUAGUGAGCAGCGUCGAGUCAUCACUGGCGGCUGCUGACACACUCUUUUUCUAAAAAUAAAAACUGUGCCUAAGAUGAUGUCAUUAGUUAUAUAAACUAUACAAGACUUUAAAAGUUUUUGCAUUAAUUUGCAUACUGGUGCCUUAAUAUUAACUACACCAGAACAACUUUAAUAAUACAUGUAUGAGGCGCCAGUAAUAUAUUGCUGUCUGUAUACAGACAAUUUGGUUAUUAAUAUUACUGGGAAAGUUAACUUUGUGAAGCUUCUGCAGUACAACAAUAUAUGAUAGAAUAUAAAAUAUGGCCUUAAACUAGUAAAACAUUAGUCUGUGGAUAUUAUUACAACUGAAACUAUAAUCUGGUGUUUUUAAGUGCCAAAAUCUGACUGUUUUAAACUAUAUAAUUGUACAUUAUUUAGAGCAAAUUCUGUGAUGUAAGAAAAUUGACACUCGACUUAUUGAACAAUAAUCAACUUCCUCAUUCCGUAUUUUAAAUAAAUCGUAUUAGUUACUGGAACCUCAUUCUAUGGGAAAUUUGAUCGUAUUAACACUCGGAAGAAUAGAUAUUUCCCGAGAUACAGCAAAUCUAUCAGUCUUCUAUAACUACAAGGAUAUUAGAUGCUGUUGUGGUUUGACGAUGUUGAGGACACGAGGAUGCAUCAUGUAAAUGUCAAAGAUACGUGAGGCAUGACUAGAACAUCCUUGCUUGCUUCACCCUACACGUAUCAUUCGCUCCACCACACUGUUCCACGCACACACUACCGUCACUGCUACCCUGGCUGCAAGACUGUUCAUUCUCCUUACCUCUCUCUCCACCACGAUGACCCCAACCCCCACGCCGUCACCUCGAUAAGCAGUCACUGAAGCACUCGUCCAGCGUUGUCAUCAACUACCACUGAGGUGAUCACUACCACAAGAUCGUCCACUAAGGUGGUCACUACCACUAACUACCGCAAGGUCGUCCACUAAGCUCGUCACUACCAUCACCACCAUGGCUGCUGCUCAUCAAAUGGCUGCUAACCUCAUCUUCCGGCUCAUGCUUCCACUGGUUCUAGGCAUCUGUGCUGUGCUAAGGUUCAGUUUAAUGUCUUUGUCGUACCUACUGCUGCUGAUGGCUAUACCAUUACUUCCAGCACCUACCUUCCACACCAUGCGAGGUCACACUGGCAGAUACCUGAAAGCUGUGUUAGGUAUCAGUAUUGUUAACUUCCUGCUUCAGUUAAUCUUCCAGAUCGUCCUUCUCUCCCUCCCUCCCUACGGAUACUUUCUCCCUCAGUGUGAGUUCCUGGAGAAGGUGCUCCGUCACCUGGGUUUUGUGAGACUGGAUGGUGUAAGUGAGGUAGAUGGUACCCGCUGGUUGUUGCCUGAGUGUGUCCUGCUGGUGUUCUCUCCUGGGGUGUAUGUGGCCUGUCUCAAGCUUACUGCCCACACCAACUCUGAUCUACACCUGCCCACCCACGCCACACCUGAUAAUAAUAAGAAUCUGGGCCUCCGCCUCCUGAAUGCUGUGGGUACGUACAUGGCCAUGGCAAUGACUGGAGGAGCUUCUGUGAUGGUUCCUUCUGUCACCUCUGCUGUGUACUUCGUUGUCUUCAUGGCCAGUGCCACCUACUGGAGCCUUAACAACUCUCUGGGACGACGUUUUGGGUAUGUGUGUCGAGGGGUAAUGAUACUGGCUGGAGUACACUUAGUGUGUCUGUACAUCUACCAGGCUCAGUGGCUCCAGGAAUACAUCCCUCCAGACUCACUCUGUGCAAGGGUGUUCGUGACUGCUGUGGUGGGUACAGAGUGUCGGGACCCAAGAUCAGCACCUCUCACCACCACAGAGUGGUCCAGGUUCCUCAACCCCAUCCUCCUCCUCGUUCUCUAUUAUGUCCUCGCUUUUGAGUCCCAGUUCCUCCUCUCUAACAAGGUUGUGGAAAAGACUGAGAAAACUGAGAAGCUCCUCCCCAGUUCACCAGCAACACAACUGGAGAGUGCAGAUGGAAGUGGAGAAGUUGUUGGAGAUAAUGGUGGAGGUGUUGGUGUUAGGGAGGAGGAAGGAAGCGAGGACGACAACCCGCUGCAGCGACUUAUAGCGCCACUUAUCAGUGUGUUUCAGCUAGUCAUUCGGUCUUCAUAUAUAGCCACCAACAUUGUUAUGAUGGCAUGGAGUAUAACGUACCACAGCUGGCUGACAUUUGUGCUGCUUUUGUGGGCAUGUGUACUGUGGAUGAUUCCCAACCAGCGUGCUGCUAUGCUGCGAUGUUCCCCAUUUCUAGUUGUCUAUGCUGAGUUGCUGCUGGUUCUUCAGUAUAUAUAUUGCAUGGACCUGACAGAUGAUGAGCUACCUAGUCAGGUGGAAGCUGUUAAUCUAGGUCAGAUUGGUCUGGUCAAGUAUCCUUACUUACCCUGCAAGCCUCUGCUUGUCAAGGUGCUGUAUACAACCAUGUUCUGGAUUACAUUACGUCAGUAUGUGCAAGAGGUGAUUGAAGUCACCAAGCGUGAGAUGUCCACUGCCGCAGCUUUGCAACCAUUCACUGUUGCAGUCAGCACCACCACCACUGGCCAGCCUGUCACUACACUAGUCUCUUCUGCACAUGAUGACUCGAAUGCAUCACCAUUAAUGCAGCGAUUAGGGCAGUGGGUACGAAGUCUCUUGGUGAAAUUUUGGAUUUGGGUUGUUGCUAUUAUGCUUUUUGUCUUUGGUAUCCAAGGCUCUGAGGUUGUGAUUUUCAGGAUCAUGUAUAUGGUCCUGUUCCUUAUUUUCACCAUCACCUUUCAACUGUCGUAUUCUGCCUGGCGGAACUUCCUAUAUGGGUUCUGGCUGACGGUCAUCAUUUACCAGAUGUUCGUGUUGGUACUCACCUACACAUACCAGUUUGACAACUUCCCUGAGUAUUGGCAGAACUAUACUGGCAUCCCUAUCCAACUGCAGAAUGACAUGGGUCUUGAGGUUUACGACACUGGCCGGCUCUUCAUCAAGCUGAUGACUCCUACCUUCUUUGUGAUCGUCACCAUCAUCCAGGUUCACUAUUUCCACAAGGACUUCCUUGAGCUCUCUGAUAUUGAGAAAAUACAAGAUCAGCCAGUCAUUACCGAGACAGGAAAACAAGAGGCCAAGGUAGCUGCUCCCAGCUGUCCCAAUCUUUUAGAUUCUUGUACUCUUGAUGAUAUCAAAGCCAUGUUGGAAUACCAUGGAUUAAAGAUACUGGCUCAAAUACAGGACACCAUGGCUGCGGCUAUGGAAUUGGGAUGGCGCUUCCUUGAACUACAUUUGAUGAAGAUCGUCCUCGGUUCUGUUAUAAUGCUUGCUUGUUAUGAUGUUUGUGCUCUUCACUGGGCCUUCGCUCUGCUGGCCACAAUAGCAGUGCCUUGCCCAGAGAAGAUUCAGAUUGCCAUUUGUCGCACCUGCGUUGUCUUAUCAUCCCUCCUCCUUAUUGUCAGGAUGAUAUAUCAGAUAGAUUAUAUAGAUCCUGAAGGAUGGGCUGCUAACUGUUCGCUGUAUGAUAACUUGACGUGGACACCUUAUCCCCUGAAUGAGACUGCGAAUAAUGCUGUGUGGCUUGGCCUUAGCAAGGCUCCCAAUCUACCAAAGUAUCUUAAGGGCUACAUAGGCAUCAUUGUUGUGAUAACAGUACAGGCUGUAGUUGUCAUCAGGCAAGAGUACCAGCGUAAACUAACAGGACUCCCACCACCUCCACCUGGAGUUCUCUUCCCAAAUAUCACCAGAGCAGUGGCUGAUGAUGGUAUCCCUGAGUGUACAAAGUUCCUCCUGAACUAUGGUUUCUAUAAGUUUGGUGUUGAGGUGUGCCUUAUGAGCCUGGUGGCUGUGAUUGGUACUCGCCUGGAUGUUUAUUCCCUCAUCUAUGCUGGGUGGCUCUGCUACUUUUACAAUCGAGAAAGGAAAGACAUCGCACGUGUUUGGAAAGCCUUUGUCAUUUUUAUUACUGUGCUGAUACCCCUUCAGUAUCUUAUGUGUGUUGGCAUCCCACCUGGUAUUUGUACAGACUACCCAUGGGCUGGUGUGAUGGACCCGGAGCUACGAGAGUGGCUCUUUUUUCCUGACUUUGUGAAGCCACCAGAGUCCUACAAGAUUGUCACUGAUUUCUGCCUGCUGAUAUUUGCUGUGUGUCAGCAGCAUGUCUUUGAUAUAGAAUUUGCAGAUGGUGCCGAAUCUUUUGAAGGUGGCAGCAAUCGUGAGAUUGUACAUGAAGAUCCAGCUUCCCUGGUCAACCCCAUUCCUGACUUUGUUACUUACUCCAGGAAGACUGGUGGUAAGAAGAACUAUUUGGACAUGGUGAAGGUGGUGGUCUUCUUUACAUCAUACUGGAUCACUCUGGCUGUUAUGUUCCUUGGAGGUACCAACCGUGUGACACUCUUUGCCAUGGGCUAUGUCCUAGGAGCCUUCAUAUUCUUGUGGCAGGGCAACGAGUUCUAUCUUCGACCUUUUCCUACUAUUCUCAGGCUGUGGAAUUAUUUGCUUGGGUACAAUGUAGGUGUGAUCGUAGUGAAGACAUUAUUGCAGCUGCUGGGAUGUGUGUUCCUAGCACCACUCUCCAUCAACGUUUGCUGGCUGGUUCAGCUCUUUGGUAUAGCUUGUGUCAAGAAAUUUGGAGAUGAUUCUGAUGAAAAAAUUGUGGCAGAUUUGGCUGAUCAUUGUGCUGUUCCUAAGUCUGAGGCUGGGCUUAUGUGGGAUGGCAUUUGCUUUGGAUUCUUGUUGAUGCAAAGGAGGUUGUUCUCUUCUUACUACUUCCAACACCUUGUCACAGAAAUGAAGGCUCAGACCAAACUUGCCUCCAGGGGAGCUGAGCUAAUAGCAGAGCUGAUGCAGAAAGAGAUCGCAGAGCAGCAGGCAGCAGAGCGAGAGGUUCUUAACAAAAUUAAAGAGAAGAUGGAGCGUAUCAAAGCAUCGCAACAGCUAGUGAAUUGUCAACAGCCCCGGGAACCAGCGAGCCAUUAUGAAGCAAUGCCAAGCGGCCACCUCAGAUCUGGUAUAUGGUGAAGUGUCUCAACUUGCUUCUGUCAGCCUACCAGAUUCGCUGUGGUUACCCAACACGAAUCCUCGGCAACUUCCUCUGUAAACAGUUUAACUACCUCAAUCUUUUCUCCUUCCGACUGUUCAUGUCGGUGCCGUUCCUGUUUGAGCUGCGGACAUUGAUGGACUGGAUAUGGACAGACACAAGCAUGAGCCUCAGUGACUGGAUGAAGAUGGAAGACAUCUUUUCUCAUAUAUUCCAACUUAAGUGUGAGCGUCGUGCAGAGAUAGAAUACCCACAAGGCCGCGGUGAGAGCAAACGCAAGAUAAUAAAGUACGGUAUGGGUGGCUGUGCACUGUUUGGAGUCAUUGCCCUCAUUUGGUUCCCACUGGUCCUGUUUGCCCUGAGUAACACUGUCGGUCAGCCUAAUCCACCGUACGACGUAACAGUUGAGAUCACCAUGGGUGCAUACCAGCCUAUUUUCCGUAUGACGGCUCAGCAGCAGUCUCUACACAAGUUUACACAGCAAGAAUGGGAUACAUUCAAUUACCAUUACCGAACUAAUCGUCAGGCCCAGACUUUCUUGAGCAAUUAUGACUUCCCCGAUGUUGUUGUGGCAAAGCUAAAUGGUAACUCGACUGCAAUAUGGGGCAUAUCCCCGCCAGCCCAGGGAAGUUUGAUUGAAGACCUUAAGAGCAAUCAUACCAUCCGGUUAAAGGUUAACUGGAGUGUAAAGCGGCCGUCUAAUUCUCCUGACAUAUCUGCAGAGUGCAAAAAUCAAGUAGAAGUGAAUCUAGAGGCUUACAAAGGAUCAAAGAGGAAUCAAUUCGUUGAGGCUGUUUGCCGCAUCUUGGAGGGGGAGGUAAACGAAACGGCAGUCCUUAUUCCAAACUUGUUUCCAAAGUUCAUCAAGGUCACCAAUAAAGGUCAAGCUGAUUACGUCGUUCAGCUUGAAGAAAAGAAGAGAGGCUUUGUAGACCUGAAGUUCACUCUGCAAUCUGCCGGGUUCAAGAAUCUGUCAUCAAGACAGCAGUGGUGGGAGGUAGAGGAAGAUUGUACCAACGGUUACUAUGACUGGAUGCCUGGUGGGCGUCAGUGCCACUUUCUCACUGUAUACACAUUCAGUGACAAAGCAUUCCCCAAGGGUCUCAGUUUUAUUUCAGGCGGCGGGAUUGUGGGGAUGUACACUACACUAGUGCUGGUGGCUGGAAAGAUGCUGCGUGGAUACUUCGCUGGAUCUGCCAUGAAAAUAAUGUUCGAUGAUUUACCCAAUGUUGACCGUAUUUUGCAGCUCUGCCUUGACAUUUACUUAGUGCGAGAGAGUAGUGAACUUGAGCUUGAAGAAGACCUCUUUGCUAAGUUAGUCUUCCUCUUCCGCUCACCGGAGACUUUAAUCAAAUGGACUCGACCGCCAGAAGAAGAAACCCCUGAAGAAGAUGAUCCCCAGCUGGAAUAAAGUGGAUAAGCUUUGUAUUAGACAUUUUAUGGCAGGAAUGCCAGUGAAUAUUAUCAAAGCUUUGUAUUUUGUUAGUUAUCUAUCACUUUUU